GAGAAAGGAAAAUAAUUUAGCUCAAAUCAGUUUAGGGAAGCCAUUAACAAGCAGUUUGUGUAGUCCGAGCUUGACCUUUUUAUCAUCUCUGCUACAUUUUUUGGAGUAAAGUGGUGGUUGGACUCAGGAUCAUCAUGAUACCAUGGUGGCCCAACUGCUAGGGCUGGUCUUUUUAUUUCUACCUACCAACCUGGUCACCUUUAUCACAUAUGCGGUGGAGAUCAAUCCCAAAUGGGAGGUGGUGUACCAGGACACCAGUGUGUAUGGAGUGGUGGGCAAAGCGGUGAUCCUGGAAUGCGGUCCCACCUUACCUGACAUGUACAUAUGGAGCUUCACCAUGCCUGGAACUGAAGCUAUAAGAGCUGUGGUGUAUGAUUUGGGGAAAGGACAAAGGAUCCAGCAGCUGGCCCAGAUGCUUGGACAGCUCACGGUCAUCUCGAACAGUGCAGCUGUGAGCAUCGAAAACCUGCCUCUGGCUGCACACGGCCUGUUCACCUGCCAGGCUUUCUAUGACAUGGAACAGGAGCCCAAAGUCUUCUACUACUAUGUGCACCUCACUGUCAGAGUUCCCGUCAGUAAGCCUUACCUACUGAUGAGUGAUGUAUCUCCGGUGGAGGGAUCUACAAUGUGGAUGCGCUGCAAUCUGGAAAAUGGCACUGGACCUAUCCAGUAUGUGUGGCAGUACGAGACCCGCAGCGGCAACAUCUCAGCCUUUGCACAGGGAAACACCAGCAUUAUCAACGUGACCAAUGUCAACCGCAACCACACCGGCUGGUACCGCUGUGUGGCCAGCAACACCGUCAACAGCGAGAGCUCUAACCGGUUAUGGCUAGACACCAUCUUUGGCCCGGAUAUCCCUCAGAUAGAUGUGACUCCGUACAGUAUAACAGAGCGGGGAUAUUCAGCCCUGGAGAGAGAGACUGUCUCUUUACUGUGUCAAGCCCAGUCCAACCCGGCCAGUCAGUAUGUCUGGUUCUACAACAACUCCCAGGUCUACACCGGGCCGCAGUUAACCAUCACUAAGAUCUUACGCAUGCACACUGGCGACUACGCCUGCUUGGCACAGAACACCUACCUCAACACCCGCUCCAAAAAAACCAUCAGCCUGACUGUCUACUACCCACCCGAUGGCUCCCCCUCCUGUUCUGUUGAAGCAGCUCUGAAUUAUACUGCUUUGAGACUCCUCUGCUCUUGGCCCGGCGGAUUACCCUCCCCCUCUCUCCACUGGACCGUACUCGGGAACCAAGUGGGCCAAGAUGAGGCUGGCACAGGGCAGCAAACAAAUCCACUGACCAAUACUGCCGUCUUGCUGCCAUCUGAAGGCCUCAACUCCAACAGCUUGUUUACUUGCAUGGGCUCCCACCUGGCACUUAAAUAUUCAACAGAGUGCAGCACACGCACAUAUAUUCCCCCUGCAGAGCCGGAGUGUUUUGCCUAUGUGACUAACAAUAAACAGUAUCUGAUGCUGUCCUGCUCCUGGGAUGGAGGGGCCCCGAAAGCCUUGGUGUGGUGGGAGGGCCCAGAUGGCCAGGCCAAAGGCGGAGAAGAAAACUCCAACAUCCUGAUCCUUCGCUACGGCACCGCCCGCAGCGGGAAACCCUACACCUGCCAUGCUAAGCAUCCACUUCUGGUCCAAACCAAAACCUGCAGGCUCACACUGGAGGCUCCUGUAUUGCUGACACAGCGCAGAGUUGUGUCUGUAUACGAGGGGAGUGACGUUCAGCUCACCUGCAACCUGAGAGCCAACUACCUUCCUGUCAGUGAAAUCACCUGGUUUAACAAUCAGGGUGUGGGCGUCCUAGACACCUCAAAGUACGCACUGCUGCAAACAUCUGCAUGGGCCAAUCUGACUGUGAGAGACACAGAUGAGACUCAAGACAGCGGCGAGUACAGGUGCUCCACUUCCAACGCAGUGGGAGGAACUGAAAUCAAUGUCACUUUAGUGAUCAAGAGGUACCCCAUGCCACCCAAUGUGACCCUGGUCAAAGUGAUGUACAACAGCCGACAGCGUAACGAGGUGGGGCUGGAGUGGCAGGUAGAGAACGAAGGAGGAGGAGGAGGAUGGACAGGUUUCAUCCUGCAGCACAUAUGGGUGUCAGAGCGACCAGGAAGGAGAGGCAGCAACAAUGAUUCAAAGCAGGAGAUGGAGGAGAGGAUCAGUCCACCAGACUGGUACUCUAAUAUCAUCCAGGACCCAGAAGUCAGGAUCUAUACAGUAGGGAGACUGAUACCAACUGUUACCUACAAGUUCCGCAUCACGCCUGUCAACCACCGCACCGUCGGACAUCCUUCUGCUGCAAAGACUCCAGCGGAACCACGCUACAAUGUGUACCCUGCUGUGAUUGGAGCAGCUAUAGGCGGGAUGCUCUUUGCAGCCUUCCUAACAGCGCUGCUGCUCGUGUUCAUAAUCCGCAACCGCAACAACAAUCCUCGAUUACAUGACAUGCUGUUUGGUUUGCAGCAUAGCCAGUCAAGAGAAAACAUCAACUUCCCAGAGGAUGAAUUGGAAGGCAGGUCAGAGGGAGGAAUAGAGGAGAUUGGUGGAUCAUCCAGUCCAGGUCCAACCAUGGCUUUACCCCGGGCAGCUUCACCCCUCACCACCUCACCUGCGAGUGCCACCCCCGCCACCAGCCAAGCCCCUCCCCCUGGAGACGACAAUGAACCUGUCAGCAGCACCAUCACCGUCAAGGCUACAGGCUCAUAGUCAUACAUGUAGGCUAUAUCACGGACUCCUUCGGUUGUAAUUUUACCUGGAAUUAAAGGUUUUGCUGACAGUUUGGACAAUUAUUACAGUAUGUAGCAUGUGACCUAGAUCUCAACUACAUUUACAAGCAUAUUUUUUGCUACAAAACUUUGAUCUUUUGAUUUUUACAUUGUUAUGUGUGUAUACUGUUUAGCCAACAAUAAAUGGAUUU